GGCGGCUCCUCAGUGUCCGGCUCAAGCUCCGGCCGCAGCUCCGGCUCGCGAUGCCCCACUCCGUGACCCUGCGCGGCCCUUCGCCCUGGGGCUUCCGCCUGGUGGGCGGCCGGGACUUCAGCGUACCCCUCACCAUCUCGCGGGUCCAUGCUGGCAGCAAGGCUGCCCUGGCUGCACUGUGCCCUGGAGACCUGAUCCAGGCCAUCAAUGGUGAGAGCACAGAGCUCAUGACACACCUGGAGGCACAGAACCGCAUCAAGGGCUGCCAUGACCACCUCAUACUCUCCGUGAGCAGGCCUGAAGGCAGGAGCUGGCCCAAUACCCCAGAGGACAGCAAGGCUCAGGCACACAGGAUCCACAUCGAUCCCGAGGCCCAGGGUGGCAGUCCAGCGACAAGCAGGUGGCCCUCAGCCACGGGGCUUGGGCCAGAAGAUGGCAGGCCAGGCCUGGGAUCUCCUUACGGGCAGUCACCUCGCCUCCAAGUCCCUCACAAUGGCAGCAGCAGUGAGGCUACUUUACUGGCCCAGUUGGGCACCCUGCACGUGUCUCCACCCCACAGCACUGACCUGACCAGAGGCCUUUCGCGGAGCCGCGACUGCGGAGUAGACCUGGGCUCAGAGGUGUACAGGAUGCUUCGGGAGUCGGCCGAGCCGACGGCUGCGGAGCCCAAGCAGUCAGGCUCCUUCCGCUACUUGCAGGGCAUGCUAGAGGCCGGCGAGGGCGGGGUACCAUCGUCAAGGCGCGGGACAAGCUCUACCACCCCGAGUGCUUCAUGUGCAGCGACUGCGGCCUGAACCUCAAGCAGCGCGGUUACUUCUUUCUGGACGACCGGCUCUACUGCGAAAGCCACGCCAAGGCGCGCGUCAAGCCGCCCGAGGGCUACGACGUGGUGGCGGUGUACCCCAAUGCCAAGGUGGAACUCGUCUGAGCCGCUCCCGGAACCUCCCGUCCCCGCCUCUGCUUUUUUUAAUGUCCCCGCGCACCCGUGUAAAUAUGUUUACGCCCUGCCUCUCUAAUAAAUUCCCUCUGCUUGGCCUCAACCGUGUUGGUGCCCUGGCCUGCCUCCCUCCAGCACAGGCCAUGGCUCCUGAGUGCUACACCUGUUCAGGUGCCAAGCAUUUUCUUAGGCACUGGGUGCAAGGGGGAGCAAGACAGGUACUGUGGUGCCCUCAAGGAAGCCACAGCCUGGGUGGAUGGCAGACAUGAAUCACAAGGGCAAUCCUGUUAAUAGGGAAGCGAGGUCUGAGGUGCUAGAAGGGGACGUCACGCCAAAGGGUUUGACCUGGAUGGAGUCAGGGAAAGUGUCAGCAGAGAACUAAGGGAUAAGGGAGGGAAGAGCUCUACAGUGUGAGGAACUGUGUGCAAAGAUAUGUCAAAGGCGAGCACAGGCAGCAAAGGCCCCGUGUGGGCACCAGCACGAGCGCGGGCGGCCCCUAGCAGCUGCAGGAGGGACUGCCCCGCGGCGGAUAGGACUGGGGAGAUCACCAGUUUAGUUGGGGGCGGUAUCUGCCUCCCGGCAAUCUCAGCAUUUCUCUCUUC